ACAUCAGGGGGCGCCGUCGUUGGGGUGUCAGGGGUAAGCAGUGCGGACGACCAGACGCCGGGCGGCGCAGGACGCCGGCCGUACGAGGGGCGGGGGCUAAGCGUAUCCAGGGGCGGUGCUGGAGGGCGCGGGAGGCGGGAGAGGCGGCCGCGCCUGGUGCCCCAGCAACCUCAGCCCCGCCCCGCCGCAUCCGGCCGGGUCGGGUCCCGCAGCGUCCAGCCCGCGCGCUCCUUGCACCCGCCCGUCCGCUCCUUGCAACCUCCCUGGCCGAGGCGCUCCCCGGUGCUCCUCGUGCAGCCAUGGCUCAGCACUUCUCCCUGGCCGCCUGCGACGUGGUCGGAUUCGACCUGGACCACACUCUGUGUCGCUACAACCUGCCCGAGAGCGCCCCGCUCAUUUAUAAUAGCUUUGCCCAGUUCCUAGUGAAGGAGAAAGGGUAUGAUAAGGAAUUGCUCAAUGUGACCCCAGAGGAUUGGGAUUUCUGUUGCAAGGGUUUGGCAUUGGAUCUAGAAGAUGGGAACUUCCUUAAACUUGCAGAUAAUGGCACUGUUCUCAGGGCAAGCCAUGGCACCAAGAUGAUGACUCCCGCAGUGCUGGCAGAGGCAUAUGGCAAGAAAGAGUGGAAGCACUUCUUGUCGGACACUGGAAUGGCUUGCCGCUCAGGAAAGUAUUAUUUUUACGACAACUACUUUGACCUGCCAGGAGCUCUUCUAUGUGCCAGGGUGGUGGAUUAUUUAACAAAACAGAACAAUGGUCAAAAAACAUUUGAUUUUUGGAAGGAUAUAGUUGCUGCUAUACAACACAAUUAUAAAAUGUCAGCUUUUAAGGAAAACUGCGGAAUAUACUUCCCAGAAAUAAAAAGAGAUCCAGGCAGGUACUUACACAGUUGUCCUGAAUCUGUGAAAAAAUGGCUUCGACAGCUGAAGAAUGCUGGGAAAAUUCUUCUGUUAAUUACCAGUUCUCACAGUGAUUACUGUAGACUUCUCUGCGAAUAUAUCCUUGGGAAUGAUUUUGCAGACCUUUUUGACAUUGUGAUUACAAAUGCAUUGAAGCCUGGUUUCUUCUCCCACUUACCAAAUCAGAGACCUUUCCGGAUACUCGAGAACGAUGAGGAACAGGAGGCACUGCCAUCUCUGGAUAAACCUGGCUGGUACUCCCAAGGAAACGCUGUCCACCUCUAUGAACUCCUGAAGAAAAUGACUGGCAAACCUGAACCCAAGGUUGUUUAUUUUGGUGACAGCAUGCAUUCAGAUAUUUUCCCAGCUCGUCACUAUAGUAAUUGGGAGACAGUUCUCAUCCUGGAAGAACUCAGAGGGGAUGAAGGCACAAGGAGGCAGAGGCCUGAGGAGUCAGAGCCUCUAGAGAAGAAAGGAAAAUAUGAGGGACCAAAGGCAAAGCCUCUAAAUACUUCAUCUAAAAAAUGGGGCUCUUUUUUUAUUGAUUCAAUUUUGGGACUGGAAAAUACAGAAGACUCCUUGGUUUAUACAUGGUGUUGUAAGAGAAUCAGUACUUACAGCACUAUCGCAAUUCCAAGUAUUGAAGCAAUCGCAGAAUUACCUCUGGACUACAAAUUUACAAGAUUCUCUUCAAGCAAUUCCAAAACAGCUGGCUACUAUCCAAACCCUCCAUUGGCCUUAUCAAGUGACGACAUACUAAUAACCAAAUAAGUUGUCUUUACUGAAAAAUGAAGUGAAGACCCAUAUAUGCAGAUUAAAAAAAGUUAAUUUUCAAAAAUUUCUGUAAAAGGCUUUAAGGAACGAGUUUUUAAUGAAAAUUGACCAAGAAGUUGAUAUUUGUCCAUAGAUCUCCUUUCUAUAAAUUGUCUUGAUGUCUAGCAACACUUAUUAUAUUAAAAUCUCAGUAUCCUAAAACUUAGAACCUUAUUGAUGUUUUCUAUAUGAUAGUUUUGAGAUUAGAAUUCACCUGGGGAUGGACACACACACACACACUCAGUCUUACAUAUAUGCCUAGUCCAGUGGUUCUCAGAGUGUGGUCCAUAAACUAAUAGCAUAGCAUUACCUGAGAACUUGAUAAUGCACAUUUGCAGGCCCCACCCAAAACCUGCUGAAUCGCAAACUCUGAGAGUGGGGCCUACCAAUAUGUGGUUUAACAAGCUCAUCAGGUGAUUCUGAUUUACCUUAUAGUUUGAGAACCCACUGGCUAGACCAUAUCCUCCAAAUACUGGCUUAAUUGGUCUGGGUAAAUACAGCUGAGCAUUGUUAUCUUUUGUAUGCCAUAGGAAAGUGCAGCCAGAAUUGAAAACCGACUGAUCUAUACCAGUUCUUUCAAUUAAUAGUCAAGAACAUUGAGUCCAGUGAGAUUAAGUGAUUUUUCCAGGCUAUGAGUUUUUAUGCUAUUCCUGUGUUUUCCAAAACAAGAAAAUAUAAAGACACGAUUUCUUCUCUGUUUAUACAGCAAGUAUGGAACAGAGAUGGUCUAGAAGUCAACUAUCUCAACCUCCAUUGUUACCCAGUAGGUUUUUUUCUAAUAAUGUUAAAGGCUGUUUAAUUUACUUAAUCAAUUUUAAGCCUUACAUUCUCAACUGAGGACAAAAAUUGGUUCUUGGGGUGAAAAAAAAUCUUAGAUAUGGAUUGUAGACUUCCAAAAUCAUCCUAUUCAACAAAACGUUAUUCCUUGGUGUUAAUUUAUCUCAUUAGGAAGAAAUCUGUAGUUAAAACUAUUUAAUUUAAUUUGAAUUUGAUUUCUGUAGUUGGAAAGGGUGGUAAUAAUGAACAAAAAGUUUGAGAAAAAAAUGCUUUAAGGGGUUUUACAGGUAUACUACAAUCCAGGCCUGUUUUGUUCUAUGUGCUAGGUAUAGUCAUAUUAGUAGCUAUUUGUUGCAAGAUAUUUUGAGCCAAAUAAUGUUUGUAGUAUAGGUUCCUGGCUACUGUUUAUGCUGUAAUUUUAUUCUGUCUGUCUGUCCUGGGCGGUAUUCGAAAACACACUGAUUUUCACUAUCUGGUUUUCAAACACUGUCAUUAUUUUACCUGGAUUAUAGUGGAGGAUGUAGCAUAUCGAUGCAUGCAAUGGAAAGAAAAGAAUUUUGUUAAAAUUUGUAAAUGUUCAGAUAAAUCCCAGAUAUACUGUUGGAUGAGUAUCUCAGGGUAGGUUAAAAAAAAAUUACUGAAAUUUUUCCCUAACAGUAGCUUUGUUUGAUAUUUAACAAUAAGUAUAGGUGAUAUACUUGAAAUUUAUUUCCAGAAUGUCAUUGGAAUAUUACAAUGAGCAUAAAUAAUCAAGCUUAGGACUAAAUGAAAGAUGCUAUCUCAUGUAUGCUUUAAAUAGAUAACUGAUUUCAAAAUAAAGCUAUUUUUCCUUA